AUGGGAUUAAAAGUAAUGAUUGAAGAAAUCCACAGUGCGGUCUGUAAAAAAGAAAACAAAAACGACGACGAAGAGUCCAUUGACGGAGAUCCCAUCGAAAUAGACGAAGAAGGUCAUCAACUCGCAUUACCGAAGAUAAAUACCACGCAACAUGAGUGCGCUCUUAAAAUCGUCGACAGAAAGUCUGUUGAAGUAGCAAAGUUUUGGUCAGAGUGGUGUCAGCAAUUUGGUGGGUCUGACCAAGCCUUGAUAACCACCUGA